GUGGAAUUAAUCAACGCUUAGGUCAUGAAUGCAUAAUACAUAAUCUUACACAUAAUUAAAACUCGUCUUUUUCAAAAACAAUCUAAAUUCACCCCUAAUGGAAAUGGUAGUCUUCACGAUUUCAAAUCCAAGAAAGUUACUACUUGGGAUAAAUCUUAUUCGAUCUUUGUUCUUUUCAUCAUGCUUCCUUGUCUAGCCUUUUGAUUUUCCCAGAUUUCGAUAUUAGAUCUAGAAGACCACCCCGCUGUUACAAUGAGUGAGUUCUAAAUAUUGUUGCUAGAAUUACGAUGAUUCAAAUCUUUGUGGAUAAAUGAAGCAAUGGGAUGGACUAUCAUCUUUGUACUCUAGAAGAUACAAAAGUAUAACAUCACAGAAUUUAGUUGACAAUCACCUUUCGACAAAAUAACCAAUCGGUAAAAGAAUUCAAGCUCUACCUAAACAACAUCCUAUUUCCCUUAAGCCCAUUGGCGCGCCUUUUUGAUUGCUAAAACACUUGUCCUACCGAUUUUUAUUAUGAUAUUGGCUUCUGCUGAUGCCUAGAAGGAAACUUUUAAAGCCUAAUAAUACUGCGUGUAUAUUUUGUACCGAAGUUGGUGAAUAUCCAUUAUUAGGACCCAUCAUUGAGAAAAAUGGGUUGAAAGUGCAUACGAAUUGCAUAUUUGCUGCCAGCGGUUUGUCUCAAACAAAUGCAGAAGACGAAUCACCAGACGAUUUUAUAGUUGGAUUCCCUAUUUCUUCUAUUCUUAGUGAAGUAAAACGUGGUCGCAGCUUAAAGUGUUCAGUAUGCCGUCUCCCCGGGGCUUGUGUUGGCUGUGUUAUUAACACUUGCCAUACCACUUUUCAUCUUCCUUGCUUAAUUAAAGCUCAAGGGGUAACAAUAUUUGAGGGCAACUUUCCUUCUUACUGCCGUCGUCACACCCGUAGGCAGAAUUUAGAUAGCUGGCUGACGAAGUGCAAGGAACCUCCCACUUGUUGUAUCUGUCUAUUCUCAAUUUUACCGGAUAAAGAUUUCGAAAGCAGUUGUCUCCCCGUGAAGAGACGAAAAUCCGUUCUGAAUCAUUCUUUGGCAACAAAGGAAACUGUUCCGGUUACAAAUGAAAUUAGACGUACUCGGCGGUCUUGUGUGGCUCCAUCGACUCCGAAACGAAUCACUGUUUCAAACGGGAUGUCUUCUGUUAAGAGAAGAUAUUCUCAAUCCGACACAUCUACUUGGGAGUUACCUGGUUCUUCUUCGGAACCCGAAGAACAAAAUCCUAUUCAAAAACCCAAAGCACAAAAACAAUCCGUUGCAUUGCCUUUAUCAAUGUCACAUAUACCUGAUUGGUUGACUGAUUACUUUCUGAGUCUUGCUCCUGAAAAGAGGCUCCCUGUUUUUGACGCAUGGAAACAUCAUACUAUUCAUGGACUUUGUUGUCCUUUAGCGUGGAUGCACAGGAACUGUAUUGCAGGUUUUGCUGUUUCUGCUGCAUUACAUUACCUAAAGUGCCCUUACUGUGCAAAUCGAGAAAUAUUCAUCAGGUCUAUCAUCGAUUCUGGCAUAUGGGUCCCAGACCAGGACGCAGCCUGGGAAUUGGAACCGGGGGCUUAUGCGGAUCUUGUUCCCAUUAGUGAAUGUUCCUCCAAUCUAGAGGACGAUUUACAAAGUAGCAGCACAUCUACCUCAUCAUCUCACUGUGAUUGCGAUAGAUGGAGACAAGAAGAUAUAGCUGACCAUGUGGCGCAGGUUCCACAGCUUAGAGAUGCACAAAAUGGGUAUGAGUCAUCCAGUGGAUCACCAUCUACAGAUCAGGAGCGUGUCUCAGUACUUUCACUCAUAUGGAACAACCAAAACUUCAAGAAACGCCGUGGAAGAAAGCCUUCAGUUAGACGUCAAAUGCCAAUGUCUCAAGCUAUUCCAAAUACACCUAGACCAACUCGGGUUUCCCGUAGGCAUACAUCUAUUACGGCCCGAAGCAUUCAAGAUGAUCACUCUCCUAAUAGUGCUUCAAAUGAAAACAGACUACGUCAAGUAACCUUAGGAUCUUUUCUUUCUUUUAGGACUCAAGCUUCCCGAUGAGUCAUUUUACACUUCAGAUUUUAUUAUCAGUUUAUUUCUACUUAUUAAAUCUCUAACAUUUACAAGCAAAAGAUUGCAUUUGUACAUACAAAAUAUUCUAUCUGUUUUGACUAAUUUUUAAGCAUUGAUGUUCGUUUAGUGAUCGUUGUUUUUUUAGCAACAGUUUAAUAUAGACGAUACUAUUUUGCAAGAUUUUUACAGAGGCUAUGUAGGGUUCACUUUCAUUCCAAACAUCUAACGUCUCAAUGUCACUACAGUUAUCAGUUUAAGGAUUGAUUUUCAUAUAGAAUCCCAA